GAUAAUAUAUUCCGCUUUAUUUGAUUAUUGACCUUAUGUUCGGUUUACAUAACUUACAAAUAGAAAUCGGCAAGUCUUUGAGCGAUGUCAGGUUUUUGAUGUGUAAUGUUUGGCAAAAUAAAUGAGUGUUUCAGCUAUGUCUGAGUCGCCCACCACUAACACUGAUGAACGAUUUUUUUUUACUCAUUAUAGAGACAACACAUCUUAUCGUAGUUCUUCGUUCAUCAUAUGAAACGCUUUGAGAUCUGUGGAUCCGCGUACAACUUUUGCUGUCAAUAUGCUAGGUUUAGUGUACACAUGGCUGUGCCAAUUAGAUAUAGCAUUAUCGACAUCCUGUAACUUGUUAUACAAUUGGGAUGUCUGUUUAUCAGCCAAGUUACGUGUUUUCAGUUCAGUAGCCCGCUCUGUAUUAAUAUAUCACCGCAAAACAGGGUCCUCUGAGGCAUCCAACAUGCGUAGGUUAUAGGAUUUUUAUCGCUGGUGUCUUCGAAGCAUUGAUCACUUUUCAUGGAACAGCAGAGUAAAGAGUCUUGGUGUUAAAUACAGGGUACUAAGCAGACAAGGCGAGUCAGUUGAUGAGGCUGUGUGUAUUCACAAACUGAAGUAGUUGGGAGAUAUUAUUCAUGGCCAACCAUUACGGAACACGACGAUUAAUGUCGAUUGGAGUAGGAGUAAGUUGGAACAAAGCCAAGAGUUGUCGAUUUAACUAAGGAACUUUUUCACGAAGUCAAUAACUGUUGGCUUAUGAAUAUCAGUCACAUUGACUACUUAGGAGGUAAUGUACUAAAUUUCAAAUGAAUUGCAGCGGUUACACUUCAGUAAAUACAAAAGAUUUCAUCCCUACAAACAUUCUUUUUGUUCAGAUGCGCUAUGUAUCAUUCAAAAGGACUAUAGAUUUCGCGUAAUUUUUUUAGGAUUUCAAUCUCUUAUUCAAUGAAAAGGGCAAAACAAGAAAGAGAACUAACAGAUGAAGAGCGUAAUGUCGUGAUAUCAGUACGUCAUUGUGCGCGAGAAUUGGACGAUGUCUUACAGGGUGCACGUAGAAAAGCCCAGUCGAAUCCCAAAGUGUUUGCGGAGACAGGAAUUAGUGUCAUGUUUAGAGGUAUUGACUCUUAUGCGGACAUGUAUGAAAAAUUGGGUGUGAAGUCAAGAGAUGGAUUAGAAAGAUUAUUUUCUAAAUUUUCUGACUGUGAAGAAAUUCAGGAUACUCAAGAUGCGAUUGAAGAAACCGAAGGAAACUGGAGAAAUUUUCUAGUUAAUCUUGAUAAGGAGGUUGCACGUGAUGAGCAUGAAAAUAGUAGAGUUAAUUCAAUAUCUAAACCCGAGAACCUUUCUGAUGUGAAAUGUGAUUACUUAUUCUUACCAUCACUACCACUUAUUGACUGGCAAACCAACCGUGAGGUUAAUCUGCAAGAUUAUGUCCAAAAAUACUUGUGCCUUGUAGUCAUCUGUCAACCUGCGUACUGGCCAGAUACUGCUGUUCGUUGGCGUUAUUCAGAGGUAUCAAAAGCCCAGUGUGAUCUAUCACAAUUCAACGUUGGAUACGCAGUUGUUACAUGGGGCCCAGCAGAUGAAGUGCGGAGUUGGUGUAAACAAGUUAAUCGAAUUACAAAAUGGCCAGUUUUAUGGGAUAAAUCAGGCGAUUUUCGAGCUAAAAUUGGAUUUAAAUCAGGCUUACAACGUGUAUGGGCCGCUGAAAAUCUGGAUUUCCUUGGUUGUCAACGUUCAAUGCAUCAUCGUCCGAUAAAUCUACCGCCAACUAAUCUCAAUUGGUCAGAAUGGAAACAAAUCGGUGGCGAAUUAGUUUUAGCUCAGCCUGUCUUAUGGAAUCCACAAAAGACAAUGAAAUCUAACAUAUAUGUAGCAACGCAAACAGGUGCAAAACAUGAGCGCAAUACUAAUGAAAGUGACGAAGAAGAAGAUAGAUCCAAUGAAGAAGACUUGCACUCAGAAUCACUUAAAGUAUCAAUUAGAGAGGCUCUUCGUGAUAAAGAAGCGAUGAGUUCAAAACACGUCAAAGUUUGUGCAUUGCACCUAAGUACUCGUAUUUCGGAUCUCAUGCCUUCAGGUUCGAUAUAUCAAGCUGCUUUAACUUGUUAUGCUCGUACACACAAUACUACAGAAAGCGAUGUCAUGGAUAAAAUUAGGAGAGAUCGCAGAUUUUCUACACCACCUGAAUCAGCUCGAUUACAGUACGAAGCAACUACCGGUUUAUAUUAUGACCCAGAAACUGCUUUGUAUUAUGACCCAUUAAGAGGUUAUUUCUAUGAUUCAACGAAUCAAAUGUAUUACUAUUGGUCUCAAUCUGAAGGACGAUAUAUCUUGGCCAAUACAUUGAUUCAAGCUGAACUUGCUGCUGCGCAUGUAGCUCAAGCAGUAGCAGCCCAAGCUGCCGCAGACAAAGCUAUGGCAGAGCGAGAAGCUGCUAAGAAGGCGGCCAUGUGUGUAGCCGCACAAUUGGCAGAGAUACGUGCGGGUAAAGACGAUUAUGCUGCCUAUGCGUAUGCAACAUGUGUAUUACCUCAACAAGAACCAAGUGGUCCAGAUUACAAAGAAAAAUCUACGGACAGUGGUAGAUUUUGUAUCGCUUAUCAAAAUACAACAGCCGCUGCAAAUAAUAUAGAAGCAUCACUAAAAGCAUGGAAUACAGGCAAUACUAACAGUGGUACUGAGAUUUUGUCGUCUAAACCUCUUGUCCCUUACACAGAUGACAAUACAGAAACUGAUCAUUGUACUUCAACACCGCCACCUCCAGGAUUGUAAAUAAUCAUACUGUAAAAAACACGACAAACCCCCAUGUCAUUGCUUUAGUCACAUUGCUCCACUCACUAUACAUUUGGCAUUUUUGCGUAUUAUAAGCUGUACACUUGUGCGGCGUAUUUAAUUUUGUGUUUGUACAGCAAUAUUCUGGGUUUAAAGAACUUUGUAAUAUUUUACUAUUUCUGUAAAGCAUAAACUAUUCUAGUACAUAAAAGAAUGAAGUUGAUGUGACAACAUUUGCAUGUCAUGGUAACUAAAGCGUCCUAUGAAUAAGGGUAGGCGAUGCUGAACGACUUAAUGCCGCCAGCGUAGUUACAUGAACACAUAUUUUUCGUAAAAAUUACUGGCAUGCUAUGAAAAUGCUGCGUCAUCUUUUUUAUCAACUGAGCUUGGUUCUUUCUUCGGGCAGAAUCAACUUUAAGCGGCGAGUCGGACUUGUUAGUUUUUAGGGAUUUUGAAACCAGUUGGAGAUUCAAGAAACAUUGCAGUAAAAAAACAUUUGUAAUCUAAUAACGAGGAGAAUGUGCACACUAGGAGGCAUAAAUACCCCUAUCACACGAGAUAAAAAUAAAUAAUAACCUAUUGGUUUGUAUUUUUAUUUGUCAAGUCUUUUUUUGAGACAUAAAUUAUUGGCAUUUCAUGAAUGACAAAGCCAGGAAUUUUUAGUAUAUCAAUCAAUCUUCUCGUUGAGAGUACUUCCACAUAAUUAUUCUGAAGAGUUGUUGUUGUUUUGAUAUCUUUGCUUACUUGUUCAAUACCAUUUUCUUGGACAUGUACAUAGAAAUAAAUCUUGGCAUUGGAAUCACAAGAUCGGCUUGUUUUGGAAUGUAACCAUGAUGAAACUUUUCCAAAAGGAG